GCGGCUGAAAUUUGGACGGUGCGGAUCUGCUGGAGGCGGUUUGGACUCUUGGUUCCGCUGUUUGGUUGUGGACUUAUGAGGCGUUCGGUUCCGUUCUGGUUCCGUUCUGGUUCCGUUCUGGUUCUGUGAGUGUUUCUGGGCCUCUGCCUGCUCUCUGUGAGCGCUUUCCUCUCGGACUGUCAUUGAGAAAGUCCACAUGUUGGCUGGCUGGAGACACUUUCUGCAUCUUUUUCCAUCUGGAAAUCUGAUUUUUUUUAAGGAAUUUGUUAGAGGUCAAAAUUUUUGCGCUGCUUGGAUAAAUUUACAGUCACCUCACCUCGCCGCUUCUCCGUAAAAACAAAAUGGAGGUUCUGUGGAUUGGUCUGCUGCUGCUGGAGGUGAUCAUGAUGUCAUCGGCGGCCAGAGGUCCUCCCAGGGUGGCGGGGAAGGUGGCCCAUCGUCAAAGCGUCCGUCUGGGUCGCACGGCCAAACUGGCGUGCCCCGUGGAGGGCGACCCGCCGCCGCUCAUGAUGUGGACCAAAGAUGGCCGACACAUCCACAGCGGCUGGACACGGUUCCGUGUGCUGCAGCACGGCCUGCGCAUCAAGGAAGUGGAGACGGAGGACGCCGGCACCUACGUCUGCAAGGCCACCAACGGCUUUGGCAGCGUCAACAUCAACUACACGCUGAUUGUCAUCGAUGACUCCAGUUUGAGGAACGGAGAAGGCAAACCUGCCGGCGGCUCCAUGCAGCCCCCAGACCUGGCUGGGAAACCGGUCCGUCCUCGUUUCACCGAGCCGGCGAAGAUGAGGCGGCGCGUCAUCGAGCGGCCGGUGGGCAGCUCGGUGCGGCUGAAGUGCACGGCGAGCGGAAACCCGCACCCGGACAUCGUGUGGCUGAAGGACAGCAAGCCGCUGGCGGAGGAGGACGGCGGCGCCGGCGGAGAGAAGAAGAAGAAGAGAUGGACGCUGAGCCUGAAGAACCUGGCGCCGGAGCACAGCGGGAAGUACACCUGCCACGUCUCCAACCGCGCCGGACAGAUCAACGCCACCUACAAGGUGGAGGUCAUACAGCGGACCAUCUCCAAGCCGGUUCUGACCGGAACCCACCCGGUCAACACCACCGUGGAUUACGGCGGAACCACGUCCUUCCAGUGUAAGGUCCGCAGCGACGUGAAGCCGGUCAUCCAGUGGCUGAAACGGGUCGAACCCGGAGACGAGGCCCGCUUCAACUCCACCAUCGAGGCCGGUGACCAGCGCUUCGUGGUUCUGCCCACCGGGGAGGUCUGGUCCCGACCCGACGGGUCGUACCUGAACAAGCUGCUGAUCAGCCGGGCCCAGCAGGACGACGCCGGCAUGUACAUCUGCCUGGGAGCCAACAGCAAGGGCUACAGCUUCAGGAGCGCCUACCUCACCGUGCUGCCAGACAGGAAGUCCCAGCCCAGCUCCGUUCCCAUGGUAACGCCCCCCGGCCUGCCCUGGCCCGUCAUCAUCGGCAUCCCGGCGGGCGUGGCCUUCAUCCUGGGCACCGCCCUCCUCUGGUUCUACCAAUCGAAACGCAGCUGCGGCGGCUCCGCCUCCUCCGCGCCGCCCUCCGCACCGCGCCGGGACCGGGCCGGCCCGCCGCCCGCCGCGCCGCCCACGGGUUCCGACAAAGACUCGCUGACAUACGAGGAAUACGCGGCGGCGCAUCAGCAGCUGCUGCUGGCGCCGAAGCUCUACCCCAAAGUCUACACGGACAUACACACACACACACACUCGCACGUCAACGGCAAGGUGCACCAGCACAUUCACUACCAGUGUUAGCAGACGCAGCUAACAGCACGCCACGAACUGCAGCAGGUAGAGACAGGAAGUCCUACGCUUCAACCAAAGUCUGACCCAGUUCAUACAAGCUUCCAGAACCGGGUCGCAGUGACUGCAGCAGCAGCAUCAGCAGCAGCAUCAUCAGCAGCAACAGCAUCAGCAGCAGCAGCAGCAUCAUCAUCAGCAUCAGCAGCAUCAUCAUCAUCAGCAGCAGCAGCAGCAGCAGCAUCAUCAUCAUCAUCAUCAUCAUCAGCAGCAGCAGCAGCAGCAUCAUCAUCAUCAGCAGCAGCAGCAUCAGCAGCAGCAGCAGCAUCAGCAGGAGCAGCAGCGUUGGUGCUGCUUCGUCCUUCGCCAACAUCAACCCGACUGGAGCCUCAAACUCUAAAAGUGUUUUCAGUUCAUUAACUUUAAAAAGAUAAAAAGUGUUUCACUUCUUCUGGACUUAUUCUUUGUGAAUUGAAAACAUAUAAAUGCCACACUUUUCAGAUUUUUAAACUGUAAAACUGGUGAGAUAAUUUUAUUCCUAUUUUCUGUUGAUUUUUCUCAUAAAAACUUAAUAAAAGAGUUUUUCACAUUGCAAAGUGAAGAUUGAGUCCAAAAGGUGUGAAAAGUUUUACCAGAUUGUUAAUCUGAGUUUAAAGUUAAAUCUAAUCUUUAUAGUAGUUGACUUUUACAACACCGAUAAAAAGAAUCAACAGAAAAAAGCAAUAAAUUGAUAUAAACUGAAGAUUUGAUCUCUUCACUUUUCAGAUCCUGAUGUGUGAAAAAUGUUUCCUUUUAAUUUGGCGGUCAUCUUCCACUUCCUGUGGCUCUGGAGACGAUUGGGGGAAAACUUUUUUUUGUGAUCAUAAUGGAUUCAUUUCUCAGGCGAAACGGAGCUGAGCCAAAACAAACCGAUGAGUGAUGUCACUUCCUGCUCCCGUUGAGCUGAGGUGAUGAUGUCAUCUGUUACAUUUAAAUAGGGAAACGUUUUAGCGUCUUUAGCUAACUUUGUUUAAAGUUAAAUUAAAUCUUAAAAUUCUGCUUCAGUGAAAACAAAUAAUUUAUACUGUAUUAAAAAUAAAACAGGUUUAAACGUUUCGUUUCGUCUCGCUUGGUGCCAAAAUAAUCAAAAACCAAUAAAUAAACAUUUAUAUGAACAAAAGACAAUAAAAUUUGUCAAAAUAUUCCUGUUGUGCAAAACAUCGUGUAAUAAGUUAAAGGUCCCAUAGUUCAUUAAAAAAUAUAAACAAAUAUCCAAAUAUUUAUUUAAUGUUUUAAUAUUACUGUUUUAAACUAAAUUCAAAUACAUGCAUAAAAAACUAAUUUUAGGAUUCAAUAUUUUCCAGAAUAAUAAAAAUGUAUUAACUGAAAUAAUCAGUUAUUGUAAAUCAAUUUGAACGUAAAUGUUGCUCAUUUGAUCAAUCCUAAAGUUUGAUUGGUUACCGCAGGCAACGGCUGAACUGCCGCCCAAUCAGCUUCUCUAAAGCAGCGUUAGCCCCGCCCACUGAAACAAAAUGCUGAAAACCUGAAACAAUUCAGUGUUUUUAAAGUAUUUUUCAGUCACGUAUGUUUUUAUUAAACCCCUAAAAUAAACAUGUAUUUAUGUACAUUAUUUUAUUGUUUUUGGCUCUUAAUGAUAAUAAUAAUAACUUUACAUUUUAAACGAUGCAACCGGCUUUGAUUCAGAAAAAUCUGAAAAAUGUUUUGCUGUGAACCUCAGAGGAAAUUGUCUGGUACCUUCAGGUUUUUGCACAAAUCUUCACAAUAAAGAAGGAUAAUGUAAAAAUAUAUAUUUUUAUAAAUAAUGCAUAUAGUGCUGUUUGUUUGUAUGUUAUCCCUAAUAUGUUAUCAGCGUCUCUGCAGUCGCUGUGAAUUAAUUUAUCCGUCUCUGCUGCCAUUUAAACCCAUUUAGUGAAUAAUAAACGCUUUGACUGCAUCUAAACGUUACGUUUCUUCUCCUGUGGGACGUUUCUGAUUUUAUUUAAAGAAAAAUAGAUUAUCAGAAUCAUUUUCAUUGAAAAUGUUUUUAUUUUCUUUUAGCGAAUAGUUGUCCAAAAACAAUAAUUAGUUUUUCCAUCUUGUUGCAAACCAAGUUUAUGUGAACCGACCACUAAUGUACAUGAAAUAUUAUUAAUAUUAUACAUUACUUUAUAUUUCUUUAAACUGUUCAGAAGUUUUAGCAUCGGGAUAAAAAAUACUGAAAAAAGGAAAGUGUGUUUUUAAUUUAUUUCCUGUUAUUUUCCAUAUAACUGGGCAUUAUUACUGCAUGAAUGGAUUUCUGUUAGUCAUAAUGGAAGCUAUGUAGCAAAAGCUACAAUCAUAAUAUUGUAAGAUAUUGUAUAUGUGCUGAGAAAAUAUACAAGUUUUAUUGAUUCUCAUUAUAACGACAAUCCUGUACAGAUGUUGGUAGUUUAGAUUAAAAACUGUUUCCUGUAUCGUUGUAAUCAUGUUGUUGCUGCCAUAAAACAUGAAAUCUGGCUCCA